AUGACCUUACGAUGUCAUAGACCUAGGCUUCGCGUCUUGUCAUAUGAUGCGUUUGGAGUUGGCUCUGACACCCCUCUUGCUCUGACUUAUCAUUGGCCUGAGUGGAUGCUUGUGCCUAACGGUCCACGACCUCAACCGGUCAACAUCUCGGAGACAAGAGAUGUAGAAGUUAUGAUGAGUCUCAGUGAUUUUCGCGAUGUUCUUAUCCUAUUUGUGACAUCUAGUGCUGAAGAAGUUGCACGAUACCAGUUCUACUGCAGGACUUCUUUCUUGUUUGGUAACACAAGAUUUCUUGGUCCUGGAGUUUUGGAAUCUGCUCAUCGUCAGUUCAUAAGAGACAUGUCAGGUAAUCGUCCAUUUUCCUGCGCAACUAGGAUGCUUGAGAUGGUGUGUACUCAACCACAGCUCCUGGAUAUGUACCAUAUGUCCCUUGAGAUUCAGCUCGCUCUAUCUACACUACCAGGAAAUGAUGGCAUGAACAUUGCCCCAGUUUAUAAUCCCAUUCCGCUUCAAACAGUUCCUCCUAACAGGGACUAUGAAGUCCCCAUCGGAAUCCCAGUUGCAACUCAGUUAAACCAUCAAGACCACCCUUCUGACAUCUUUCGUGGUUCUAGCUUGGACAUUGAACGCAGCCGAUCUAUCAAUAUGCCACACUCUCCACAUACUGACAUUGUUGAUGAUGCUAACAACUGGGAAGAUGACCAUGUGGUUGCCACUCCGACUGAUUCCCAACCUCCGCUUCAUCAGCCAUCAUCUUUCAUCAUACGCCUAUCUUCUGAUAUAACUCCAGUGCCAUCUCCACCACAUACCAAAGGAGGUUGUAGGGAAGACGCAGGUGUUGGAGGCUCAUCCUCUGAUUCUUCUGACGAGAUUUUUGUUGUCGGUACCAUGCAUGGUAAUAGUAAUCCUGUGCCUACCAUGAAAUACAAUGUUGUGGAAACUCUUCAGACAAGGAAAAAAUGCUUUUCAGCUUCUCCAACUUAUGGAAUGAAUGCUGGAGGACCGUCUCUUGAUCUUAGCCUUGGGUUUGGUGGGACUAACACAAGGGCUGCUGGUAACUCGGUUGUAAUCAUUAAUGACUCCUCAUCUGAAGUAGCAGGAGAUAAUGGUGGGUGUAGAAAGAAGCCUUAG